CAGAUGAUACAUUUUGUGACACUAUAUAUCCGGUUAGAUGAGAUGUACCGGCGUUCGCCUGAACUCUAAAUUACAAUUUAGAGCUCUCAUACGGCUUUCUACACAGGCGUCACCGCGUAAUCAGCCAGUACUGCGGCGCAGAGGCAGCUGGCCCUUGGCCGGUGGUGGUGCCUCAGGCGUAGCAGGUUCUGCCCCUCGGCGCGGAGGCGCCAGGAGCCGCAGGACGGUUCGCAGUGUGUGCUGUCACGCACUCGCCAUUUGUGACCUGGCGGGGGACUUGCCCAGCUCCCACUGCCCCGACUCCGGCGCCGCGGUUACUGCUCAGUUCCGCUGAGAUCAGGCUGCGUACGGCGCCUGCAAGGCACCUUAGUCAGAGGAUUUCUUUCUGUGAGGCUGAUAGCGGCGUUUACUUUGGAUCGUGCAGGCAGCCUUGCGUGCCGUACGGACUUCGGGCACGCAGAGGCAUAAUUAGCCUGGGAGGCAGAGAAGCCAGACAUCUCUUAGUAAAAUUUAACAAACGAUGGGAAAUAAAAGAAAGAUGCUUUCGCCCUGGCCCCUCCUCCCUGUAGUCGGCUGUCUCCAGCUGCGAAGAUGCUGUUGAUAGAAAGGGGCUGCUGGUGCUUUAAGAGCCGCUCCCCCCGCUCCUGCUCCCGACAAUGGUCUGAGCCGAGCUCUGCUUCCGAAAGCAAAAUUUGUAAUAUGCCAUUUUUCCCAUGGAUGCUUCUCCUCUUGGCUGCCGACGAAGUGACUGAAGAAAAUGCUAAGAUGCCAAGCUGCCAGUCUUGCCGGCGGAUGGAUGCGGGGGCUUGGGGUUCCUCGGAGCAACGCCUGUGUCACCAUUGCUAGGAAGAUGGCCCAGGAGUGCUUGGCUGUGUGAGACCCCGCUCGAAGCUGGUGGAGGCUGCGGUUGUUAUUGAUCAAGUGAAAUAGCAGACGACGAAAUACAAAAGCCACUAGAAAUGAUGUGUGAAGUGAUGCCGACGAUAAACGAGGACACCCCAAUGAGUCAGCGGGGGUCCCAAAGCAGCGGGUCGGACUCAGAUUCUCACUUUGAGCAGCUGAUGGUGAACAUGCUGGAUGAAAGAGACCGUCUCCUUGAUACUCUUCGGGAGACACAGGAAAGCUUGUCACUUGCCCAGCAACGCUUGCAGGAUGUUAUCUAUGACAGAGACUCCCUUCAGCGACAGCUUAACUCAGCACUGCCCCAGGAAUUUGCUGCACUGACAAAAGAAACUUUACAUGCGUGCAGGGAACAGCUGCUUGAAAAAGAGGAGGAGAUUUCAGAACUGAAAGCUGAAAGAAACAACACAAGACUGUUACUGGAGCAUUUGGAGUGCCUUGUCUCAAGACAUGAAAGGUCGCUGAGGAUGACAGUGGUGAAACGGCAAGCACAGUCUCCCUCAGGAGUUUCCAGUGAAGUUGAGGUCCUCAAAGCUCUGAAAUCUCUGUUUGAGCACCACAAGAGGUCCCUUGCCCUGGAUCGGUAUCUGCGGGAGGGUUUGCGGGUUUCUUUAGAAAGAGUCUCUGCACUGGAAGAAGAACUAGCUGCUGCUAACCAGGAGAUCGUGGCUUUGCGUGAACAAAAUGCACUCAUUCAAAGGAAAAUGGUAACUGGUGAAGGACCUGUUGAAUCAGAGCACAUCGAAGGAGUGGAGCAAGGGCAAAAGGUGCAUGAAAAGCGCCUAUCGAAUGGCUCCAUAGACUCAAACGAUGAAGCCAGUCAAGUUGUUGAACUCCAGGAACUACUGGAAAAGCAAAACUAUGAAAUGGCACAAAUGAAAGAGCGUUUGGCUGCGCUGUCUUCACGAGUGGGAGAGGUGGAGCAGGAAGCAGAGAAUGCCAGAAAAGAGCUCAUUAAAACAGAGGAAAUGAACAGUAAAUAUCAGAGAGACAUUAGAGAGGCAAUGGCACAAAAGGAAGAUAUGGAAGAAAGAAUAACUACGCUGGAGAAGCGCUACCUCAGUGCACAAAGAGAAUCCACUUCCAUACAUGACAUGAAUGAUAAGCUGGAAAAUGAGCUUGCAAACAAGGAAGCCAUCCUUCGUCAGUUGGAAGACAAAAACAGGCAACUGCAAGAGCGUCUUGAGCUGGCUGAGCAGAAGCUGCAGCAGACCAUGAGGAAGGCUGAAACCUUACCUGAAGUGGAGGCUGAACUGGCUCAGAGAAUUGCAGCUCUGACUAAGGCAGAAGAAAGACAUGGAAACAUUGAGGAACGUAUGAGACACUUAGAAGCUCAACUUGAAGAGAAGAAUCAGGAACUUCAAAGAGCAAGACAAAGAGAAAAGAUGAAUGAGGAACACAACAAAAGAUUAUCGGAUACUGUAGACAGACUUUUGACAGAAUCUAAUGAGCGUCUGCAGCUACACUUAAAGGAGAGAAUGGCAGCACUUGAAGAAAAGAAUGUUUUGAUUCAAGAAUCUGAAAGUUUCAGAAAAAAUCUUGAAGAGUCUUUACAUGACAAGGAAAGACUUGCCAAAGAAAUUGAGAAACUAAGAUCUGAACUGGAUCAAAUGAAAUUGAGGGCUGGCUCUUUAAUCGAACCAACCUUGUCAAGGCCUCACCUUGACACCUCAGCGGAGCUGAGGUAUUCUGUGGGCUCCCUGGUUGAGAGCCAGGGUGACUAUCGGUCAACUAAAGUGAUAAGGCGACCUAGAAGAGGCCGGAUGGGAGUACGCAGAGAUGAACCAAAGGUAAAAUCACUUGGUGAUCGUGAAUGGAACAGGACCCAGCAGAUUGGCGUUUUGAGCAGCCAUCCCUUUGAAAGUGACACUGAAAUGUCUGACAUCGAUGAUGAUGAUAGAGAAACACUUUUCAGCUCCAUGGACCUCCUAUCACCAAGUGGUCAUUCUGAUGCUCAGACUCUGGCCAUGAUGCUUCAGGAACAGCUAGAUGCAAUCAAUAAAGAAAUCAGGUUAAUCCAAGAAGAGAAAGAGUCAACAGAAUUGCGUGCUGAAGAGAUAGAGAACAGAGUGGCCAGUGUGAGCCUGGAAGGCUUAAAUCUAGCCAGAGUCCACCAAGGUACCUCCAUUACUGGCUCGGUGACGGCAUCAUCACUUGCAAGCUCAUCUCCUCCCAGCGGACAUUCAACUCCUAAACUUACCCCUCGCAGUCCAGCCAGGGAGAUGGACAGAAUGGGGGUUAUGACACUGCCGAGUGACCUAAGGAAACAUCGGAGAAAGAUUGCAGUAGUUGAAGAAGAUGGCCAUGAAGAUAAAGCCACAAUUAAAUGUGAAACUUCUCCUCCUCCAACACCCAGAGCUAUCAGAAUGACUCAUACCCUUCCUUCUUCAUACCACAACGAUGCCAGAAGUAGUUUGCCUGCUUCAUUGGAGCCAGAAAGUAUUGGUCUUGGCAGUGUGAGCAGCAGCCAGGACUCCCUGCACAAAGCUCCCAAAAAGAAAGGAAUCAAGUCUUCGAUAGGACGUUUAUUUGGUAAAAAGGAGAAGGCUCGACUUGGACAGCUCAGAGGUUACAUGGAAACGGAGGCAGCAGCUCAGGAAUCUCUGGGAUUAGGGAAACUUGGAACCCAAGCAGAAAAGGACCGAAGAUUAAAGAAAAAACAUGAACUUCUGGAAGAAGCCCGGAGGAAAGGUUUGCCUUUUGCACAGUGGGAUGGGCCAACAGUGGUUGCCUGGCUGGAACUCUGGCUAGGCAUGCCAGCCUGGUAUGUUGCUGCCUGUCGUGCCAAUGUGAAAAGUGGAGCUAUCAUGUCUGCUUUGUCUGAUACUGAGAUUCAAAGGGAAAUUGGAAUCAGCAACCCUCUUCACCGCUUAAAGCUCCGAUUAGCAAUCCAGGAGAUGGUAUCCUUGACAAGUCCAUCAGCACCUCCAACAUCCAGAACGCCCUCAGGCAAUGUUUGGGUGACCCAUGAAGAAAUGGAGAACCUUGCUGCUCCAGCUAAAACGGAGUCUGAAGAAGGCAGCUGGGCUCAGACCCUGGCUUAUGGUGAUAUGAACCACGAGUGGAUAGGUAACGAAUGGCUCCCCAGUCUGGGGUUACCUCAGUACCGAAGUUACUUUAUGGAAUGCCUGGUGGAUGCAAGGAUGUUAGAUCACCUGACAAAGAAAGAUCUACGUGUGCACCUGAAAAUGGUGGAUAGCUUUCAUCGAACAAGCUUGCAAUAUGGAAUCAUGUGUUUAAAGAGGUUGAAUUAUGAUAGAAAAGAACUGGAAAAGCGAAGAGAAAUGAGUCAGCAUGAAAUAAAAGAUGUGCUGGUGUGGAGCAACGACCGAGUCAUACGCUGGAUACAAGCUAUUGGCCUCCGAGAGUAUGCUAAUAAUAUCCUAGAAAGCGGUGUGCAUGGUUCACUGAUAGCACUGGAUGAAAACUUUGACUACAGCAGUUUAGCUUUGUUAUUGCAGAUUCCAACACAGAACACCCAGGCACGGCAAAUCCUCGAGAGGGAAUACAACAACCUUUUAGCACUAGGAACUGAAAGACGGCUUGAGGAAAGUGACGACAAGAACUUCAGACGUGGUCCCUCCUGGCGGCGACAGUUUCCUCCACGUGAGGUUCACGGGAUCAGCAUGAUGCCAGGCUCGUCAGAAACAUUGCCAGCUGGGUUCAGAUUAACCACAACAUCAGGGCAGUCACGGAAGAUGGCAACUGAUGUUGCUUCAUCACGACUGCAGAGUUUAGACAGCUCAACAGUUCGCACAUACUCAUGCUGACAAGGCCUAGAAAAGAAGCCAGCACUAAAUUGUUAUGUCGUCUCUUUCUUCUACUUUACCUGAAGUGCACUACUCAAAACUCUCUGCAAGAACAGGGUAAUAGGGAAGAGAACACGUAAGGUUUUAUCAGGCAAACAGCUAUGAUGUUCCUUUCAUGUACCGAUGAGUUGAAAAAAACAAGAACUCCAACAUUAACUAACAAAAGAUAAUUGCUAACUGAAGAAAACAAACAAAAAGGCAAAGCAAAACCUCCCCCUUUCCUCUCAGCAUCUCUGUCAUCAGAAAUCUGGCAGUAGUGCACAUCCAAAGCUUUUAUCAAACAGAGCCGCUCAUUUUUACAGGAUUCCAUCUUGUUUUACUGUACAAUAUCAGACAUCUCCGUAUUUACUGUGUACGUAUUUCCUUUUCCAAUGUGUAAGUCUUAUGUAAAUGGUUAUAAAUAUGAUUUUUUUAAAGAACAAAAAUCUAUGGUACAUGGGGUCUCAGUGCAAACACUGACCACACGGUGUCAAUAAUACUGUUUGUACCUUUCCAUUCCACCAUUUUUACAGUUUUUUGGAUUGUAAACAGUCAAAUGGAUAUAGAAUCAUAGAAUCGGUCAGGGUUGGAAAGGACCACAAGGAUCAUCUAGUUCCAACCCUCCUGCCAUGGGCAGGGACACCAUACCCUAGAUCAGGCUGGCCAAAGCCCUAUCCAGCCUGGCCUUAAGCACCUCCAGGGAUAGGGCCUCAACCACCUCCCUGGGCAACCCAUGCCAGGCUCUCACCACUCUCAUGGUGAAGAACUUCCUCCACAUGUCCAGCCUGAACCUACCCAUCUCCAGCUUCGCUCCAUUAAUAUGUUUAGCCAGAGUUAGAAGCUUCAACAGUGUUCCUUCUGAGAAAAAUCUGUCUAUGAUGAACAUCCGCCUCUGAUGAUGUAUAAUGGAAUGAUAGAACCUGUAACCAGGAGCCAAAAAAUAAAUGGACCUCUAAAGAAGCACCACGAGGGCUCAACUCUUAAAAACAAAUAAAUCCAGAAGAACUGUUUAUAUAUAUUUAAAAAAAAAGUAAUUUAAAAAGCAGUUUAUUAAAACAUGAUUUAUAAAAAAAAAGUAGACAAAAAAACUUUCUGCUGCAUUAUCUGUGGACCAAGAUGAAACUUUGCUUUACCAAGAGCCACCUUUUUCGUUCCAGGACCUCCAGACACCAGCCAGCAUUGGGAAAAAAAAUUCAAUACUUGCACAGAAUCAGAUUCUUCUUUCCAGAGAUCUAUUUCAGAAAGGGAAAAAAAAAAAAAAAAAACAAACAAAAAGAAAGAAGAGAGAAGCCAACCCCCUCACCAUUUCUUCAUUGUGACAGGGCAUUAGACAGGCUCCUCUCUAUCGUUAUGCUUUUAAGCCAAGAUGGCCUUGCUGAGACUUUACAGAAGUCAGUUGGAUCAGAGGAAAUAAGUGAAAGACAGAGCGAUUGGUUAAUAUAUGGCGUAUAAAGUUUAGAAGAGCAACUAUUAUCUGCUGUGGCUUUAUUUGGUGGUGUUAUUGUUGUUUAUUCUUUGUUUAAAUGGGAAGUUUCAAAGUAAGACCUACUUAAUAGUCAUGUACCUUCUUGCUAUUUUUCUGCUGCUUGAUCUUAAGCUCAAGACCUGUCUUUUAGUUAUUUCUUUUAGCAGUUUUAUCUGCAAUGUUUGCACGUACAUAAACAUUUGUUUUGUCUAUUUUCAUCUGGCAAACUUCAGUCAAUCCGAUGGUGAAAGAUUUUUUCUCCCCCAAUGUCAAUAAAAAGAAGAAUUCAGUGCUA